UGAUUUUAUACUGUGACGAUUGUGAUUAUACGCGCGCUCCCCCUGACAAAAAAAGGCUGAAUAUGCUCAUCACACGCGCGUAUGCAACUGUAUUUUUUUAAAAAUAAAUUCCCACAACGCCUUUUUCUUCUCAUUCCACCGUGCCCAGAUAAUUAAAAUUUUUUGCAGACAAUAGAAGGGCUGCUUUUAAUACAUACAUUCCUAUUCCAUCGUUCAGUCUUUUUUCGCUUGAUCACUAACUUAUUCACUCGCUCACAUAAAAAAACCUCCGAAAACAGAUAAAAAAUAUGAUCGACAGCCACGCAGACGACCUUAUCCACGCCAAGGACUUUGUCCACCGAGUCAUUUCACAAUUCAUCGACACAGCGACAACAGCAGUAUUGGCAGCCGAUCACCUGGAUGGCAAAAUAGCCCUCCCAAACCACCAGCUUUUGCUGAGCGGCACAUCCUCCAUGGCCAUGACCCACCGCCUACGCACACUCCACGACGGCAUCCUCGUAGGCAUCGGCACUGUGCUCUGCGAUAACCCGCGUCUCACUGCCCGUAUGAUCCCCGCUAACGAACACCCACACCACCCUCGCCCAUCAUCCUGGACACUCAUCUGCGCACCCCCCUCAAAACCAUGGAUCGUUACUAAUCACCAACACGAUGAGAGGCGGAGGAGGGACUUGGAGGCCUUGGGUGCCCGUAUUGUAGUCGUCGGAUGUGAUGAUGAGGGAAGGCUUCUGUUGGAUGAGGUUGUGGAGGAGCUGGCGCGCUUGGGCGUAUUCAGGCUGAUGGUCGAGGGCGGCGCACAGAUAAUUCAGGCCUUUUUGAAAUCCCGUGUGCCUACAUCGAACAGGGCUGUGGUGGACACGUUGAUAGUCACGGUUGCUCCGGUGCUUGUUGGAAGCUUGGGCGUUGCCGCUGUGCCUGCGCCGGAAGCGAUUCCGGGCAUUCUUAUUCGUCCACGCUGUUAUGAGCAGUUUGGUCCUGAUGUUGUCAUGGUCGCUGAUAUCGAAUCAACCGUGAUUUAAUCACGCAAACAUGUUUUGUUUAUUUUAUUAAACUCAUGGUCCACAUUUUGCAUAUCCAACAUGUGUUGCAUGGUCUUGUCAAAAAAAGUCUUGUUUUGGUUUUUGAUUUUAAAUUUCUUUUUUUCUCAGUAUACGUAAAGGUUUUUGCGAUAGUUUGCAUG